AUGCGCCUCAGUCCAUCAAAAUUGUUGCUCCUGGUAGCCUUCCCGCUUUUCAAGGCUAGCGUUGUUCCACACGAUAUUCCUAUCAGGCAACCCACAGGGCUCCAGACGCUUGAUAAUGAUCAUGUCCCGCAAUCUCAUAAGAUACGGGGGUUGUCCAGAAAUUCGCUUGCAGGCACGUUCCAGACUGCCCAUGGUAUCUUGAAGAACUCGCGGGCCCCUCCAAUCCGUCCCCCAUCUCGUGGACCCUCGCCGGGUCGUGGCGGAAAGCCACAGAAUGAGCCCUCUGUACAACACCCCCCCGAACCUAAAGCUCCGAAUUCACCGGGAGCCACGAUCGGGGAUCGAAUCCCAGAACCGGGAACACUACGGCCUCCACCUUCCGAUGUUGGAGAUUGGAACUAUUUUCUGAAAUCAGGCACCAACUCUCAAAAGUGGUUAGAUGCAGUUUUCAAAUCCAAACAAGCGGAUUUCACCCCCAUAUCCUGGGAGCGCGGAUAUAAAAGAGUCGACCAUGCACCGAUUUCUUGGGUACCGGAUGCGGAGGUACAGGCUAUCACUAAAUUGGAAUCUGGACCGGGUUACAUGCUGAUGAAUUAUAAGAGCGAGGGUGCGCCCACGAUUGCUUUCAACAAUAUCUUCCACAAAGACAAAGGGGCUAUCGUCGCGCUAGUUAACUUUAAAAGUCAAGAUGUGUCUGCUCCUGCUGUUCGACUGAAGUGGUCAGAUCUCAUGUGGCAAUCCUGGAAAGAGACUGCUGGAGACAAAGCUAACAGCCUGCGCUGGGUUGUGCAAGACAACAUCGUAAAUGCUCAUACAGAAUCCAUUAUGAUACAGGCACAUGGGAAGGUGGGAUUUCCCCCAAACAAAAACAUAGGGAAAUUCUGGUAUCAUGGUGCAGAUGACAGCAUGAAGGAAUCCUUUUUGGCCUUGGCAGGAACUGAUAACGUCAGAGGAGUAUUUCGCAUCGCAGCAAAUUACCGCAAUGAGUUAGAUAAUGCCUGGGUGAAGAAUAUAUACACCAUUAAGAGUGGACCCCAUAUUAUAGUGGAGUUGGGAAGAGGACCACGUCCGGCAAAGAGGUCCGAUAUCCAAGGAAAACACAUCCGUCACUCCUCAUGGAAAAAACAGCCCAUUACUAUUUAG